AUGGCUAUCAAUGACUCCAACAACAAAAUAGUAGGUGUCCCUGUUAAAUGUGUAGCGGUUAUCUUCGGAGUCACGGGGCUUGUGGGGAAAGAGCUUGCGAGGAGGCUUCUUUCUUCAUCCAGCAAGCGCCAAUGGAAGGUAUACGGCAUAGCUCGAGCACCCCAGAUUAAAGAAACCCUCCACAAUCCAAAUUACCAUUUCGUUUCAUGUGACCUCCUGAACCCUUCAGAAACUCGGCAAAAGCUUUCUCCAUUAGAUGAUGUAACACACAUCUUUUGGGUCACCUGGGCAAGCCAAUUCCCCAUAGAUAGCCCCGAGUGUUGCGAGGAAAACGAGGCUAUGAUGUCCAAUGCCUUGAACGCUAUCCUCCCAAGAGCCAAGGCAUUGAAGCACGUUUCUCUCCAGACGGGGACUAAGCAUUACAUUUCAUUGCAAGAACAGCCUAAUGCUAAAGAAGUUAGUUACUUUGACGAGCAAUGUCCUAGGGUGGGCACCGGACAUAACUUUUACUAUGUCCUAGAGGACUUGCUCCAGGAGAGACUUGGAGGAAAGAUUCCAUGGUCGAUUCAUCGGCCGGGUUUCAUCAUGGGGUGUUCUCAUAGAUCCUUGUACAAUUUAGUUGGUAGUUUGUGCGUUUAUGGUACCAUUUGUAAGAAAUUAAACCUCCCAUUUUUGUUUGGGGGGACAAGGGAGUGUUGGGAAGAAAUGUCCAUUGAUGCCUCGGAUGCUAGGCUCGUGGCUGAACAGCACGUCUGGGCAGCCACCAAUGAAGCAGUACAAUCCCCUCGUGGCCAAGCAUUCAAUGCGAUCAAUGGAUCAGGUUUCACGUGGAAGGAGAUAUGGCCAGCUAUAGGUACGAAAUUUGGGUUGUCCAUGGAAUCAUUAGCAGGCUCUGAUGCCAUGUUCGAUCAAGAUUUCACGUUUUCUUCGGCUAUGGCUCAAAAGGGGGGACUUUGGAAAGAAAUAGUAAUGCAAGAAGGUCUAGUCCAAACGGAGAUGGAGGAGUUGGCAAAUUGGGGAUUCCUGGACGUUUUGUUUCGAUUCCCAAGAAAAAUGUUAGGAACCCGACACAAAGUUGAUGGACUUGGCUUCACGGUGAGGUUCCAAGCUUUGGAUUCAAUACUCUACUGGAUUGACGUCAUGAGGCAAGAGAAGCUAAUUCCAUGA